GUUGAAGAUUGUUUGUGAUCAACAUUCAAUUCAUAAAAAAUAUUAAACGAAAAGCAAGACACAGAAAAAUUGAAAACCAAUUGAGAUUAAAUUCAGAGAUAUGCGUCAAUCAGUUGAAGAAACAAGCAGCGAUAAUAAUAGAAGAAAUUCGUUAUUUAUUCCACGUGCAUCUGUGAGCUCAUCAUCUAGUGCAUCAGUUAAGAGUUCAAAUCAUUCAGGAAAAAAUCCAUCUCAUAUCAUGCAUAAUGAAAACUUUAUUCUACGAAGGAGCCAUUCAGUGGACAUUCUAAAAGCACAUUCUUCUGAUAACGAGUCAAAGCUGACUAAUCAAAAUUAUGAAAAAAGUUUUGAUGAAUCAAUUAAUCAAGUUGAUAAUGUGCCUGUUAAAAUGUCAUUAGAUCAUCACUAUGAGAAGCAUCAAGCAUACUUUCUUCAUAAGACUCGCAAAAGAGAUCCAUCAGCAACGCAGAGUUCAUCAUCCUCAUCUAGCAAUCAAAGCAAUUAUAGCGUUAACUCUCUACUGCUAAGUGUUAAAAAUUUGGAAAACUUCAAUAAAUCAAAUGGAGUUAUUCAAAAGUCUCAUCAUCGAAAUAAGGCGUCAUCAGUUCAUGGAUUUAUUGACCAUAAUCCAAAUAUCAUAUUAAAAUCAAAUUAUUAUUUCAACUACUUUCUAAAUCAAGAAGCAAAUCAAUUUCCAAUGUACGAGCAUCGAUGGAAAAUGCUUCAAAAUAUUGCAAAUAUUCCAUCGAAACAUGACGAGAAAAAUUUCACUUCGUUUAAUAGCCAUCACAAGAAGGAAAUAGAAGUUGACCAAUUAUCAACAGCAAGCUCAAAAACGACUACAAAUUUUACGGUGAUAUCAUUAAAUGACUCAGAUGAAAGACUGAAUAAAUCGAAAAAGGCAAUUUGUCGUAGAAGCCACACAAUAUCAAUUUUAAUCUUUGUAAUGACUACAAUAUUUGUCAUUUUUAUAUCUGUCAUGCUAUUUUUGAUGGACAUGAGAAAUCAAAAGAUGCCAAGUUGA